GCUAAUAACGUCGAACGGUCACACUGUGAACAGGAAAAACGCAAACGCGUAUAAAAGAUUUUAUAUUUUAUUUAAUUUAUUAGUUCUUAGCGAUAAAAUAUUGAAUAUACCGCUGUAGUCUCGGACUCUUAAACACAUUUGCAACAAUGGGCAGCGCACUAGAAAACUAUGUGAAUCAGGUGCGCACACUAAGUGCUGCAGGCAGCUAUCGAGAGCUGGCCGAUGAGUUGCCCGAAUCGCUGUCGCUGCUCGUGCGCAACUGGAGCAUAUUGGACAAUGUGCUCGAAACGCUGGACAUGCAACAGCACACACUCGGCGUUCUCUAUGUGCUGCUUGGCAAGCUGCAUAGUGUCGCCUCCUCGAAUCCGGAACCGACGCAAAUCAUACAACUGAUGCGCGACUUUGUGCAACGCAGCAAUGCCGAGCAGUUGCGCUUUGCCGUCUGCCCAUUUUAUGAGACGUGCCAUUUGUUUACGGACUUUCUGGUGCAAAAGAACCUAAGCAUUUUGGGCAUCAAGGUGCUAUCGCGAGCCAUUGAGCAAAUCAGACAAUUGGACACACAAUUAACGCCCAUACACGCCGAUCUCUGCCAGCUUAGCCUCAAAGCGAAACACUUUAACGUGGUGCUGCCAUUUUUGGAUACGGACAUCACAGACAUCUCCACCGUUGCCGCCGAAUGCAAAAAUCAACAGCAACAGCAGCCUCAACAUACGCUGGAUGCCAACAAUGAUGCAAAGUACUUUUUGCUGUACUAUUAUUAUGGCGGCAUGAUCUAUACGGCGGUUAAAAACUAUGAGCGUGCUUUGUACUUCUUUGAGGUGUGCAUCACCACGCCCGCCAUGGCCAUGUCUCACAUUAUGCUGGAGGCAUACAAAAAGUUUCUCAUGGUUUCACUCAUUGUCGAGGGCAAGAUUGCGUAUAUACCAAAGAACGCACAAGUUAUUGGGCGCUUCAUGAAGCCGCUGGCAAAUCAUUAUCAUGACCUGGUCAAUGUGUAUGACAAUUCGUCCAGCGAGGAGCUGCGCAUCCUUAUACUCAAAUACAGUGAAGCAUUUACGCGUGAUAAUAACAUGGGACUGGCCAAACAGGUGGCCACAUCGCUCUACAAGCGCAACAUACAGCGACUGACGAAAACAUUUCUCACGCUCUCGCUCAGCGAUGUCGCCAGUCGUGUCCAGCUGCCCAGUGCCGCUGAAGCGGAACGCUACAUCCUCAAUAUGAUCAAAUCGGGUGAGAUCUUUGCCAGUAUUAAUCAAAAGGAUGGCAUGGUGCUGUUCAAGGAUGAUCCAGAGCAAUACAACUUACCGGACAUGUUCCUCAAUGUGCAAACGAACAUAACGCAAGUGCUCGAUUUGGUUAAACAGAUCAACAAAAUGGAGGAGGAGAUCAUAUUGAAUCCCAUGUAUGUGAAAAAGGCGCUAGGCAGUCAGGACGAUGACUUGGCGUCACAGCACCCCAAGACCUAUUCAGGUGAUCCGACGGAUUGAUGCGCCCACUCCGCACUCAUCAUGAUGCUGCAAGGGCGCCGCAAGCAGGCAACAACAACAGGCAAGAACACCACAAACAACAUCAACAGCAGCAGGCAGAAAACGUAACACAACUGAAGAGAGAACGGAAAGAACGCGCCUAAUUGCAAAUUUAUAGAUGAACAUGCUAUUUUAAAUAAACCUAUGUAUAAAUCAAUGAA